AGUAUAUAAAAGCGAUGGAUUCACUGGAAAUUUCAAAUACUCAAGUUUAAAAAUCUGUUCAACUUUUAAAGUAUCGUAUAUUUAGGUAUACUGCAAUCCAAAGAUUUAAAAACCAAAAGAUGUUGUCUCUCAAAUCGAUUCAUGAAUAUCAACUCGUCAUCGUCGUCUUACUCCUGAUCCAAAGUUUCGUUGCAAAAGGAGUCGGAUUCAGAUUUAACUCACAGGAAGCGCGAGACCACAACUGCAAAGCGGUUAUCGGAAGUGAGAUGUCAGUGGAUUUAAACGGGUUCGAACCACAUCAUUCGGUUAAAGUUAAUUGCACCAACCCAGAACUGCGCUCAUCCUUUACUUUUGUAACAGUCAUUUGUUUACCGAUAUGUAGAGAUCCAAUCACAAACGAAGUAUUUUUAAAAGAAGAAGGUAAUCGUGCUUAUUAUAUUGAAGAAAUAACGACGGUAAAAAAAUUUCAAAACAACAUUCGAAUGCCUAUCACACUUGGAUGCCGAUGCGUUUUGAAGAGCACUGUUUUCUAAUGGAGACAAAAUUCGGAUAUGAAAUAUGACUUACUUCUAUUGUUGACAGGAUUAGUCGAAUUUUUUGUGACAUUUAGUAUGCUUCGAAUUUUUGAGGUCUGUUUCUAAACAAUAUUUAUUAAAUUUCUUAUUGUAUUUUCGUAACCAAAUCCAACUUCAAUUAUUCCGCUUAUAUUAAUCAAUGCGUAUUUAUUUAGGAAAUGAUAUAUAAGUUUAUAUCAUUAAUUUCAAAUAUUGUCAAAAUUGUGUUCUUUUAAACACCUAUUUUUCAAUUUUAGUUUUAAAUAAAUUAUUUGCAUGUGUGAUAUUGUACGUUGUUGUAAGUUUCGUUGAGAAAAUAACAAUGUAUUUGAUUAUAAUGUUUUUAUAAAUCAUCUUUGACAUAUUUUUUGUAUAAAAUACCUUGUCAUACCUCUUACAGUGUUUGCCUUGUGUCAAGUGUGUUGAGAGUAUAGCGUUAAUUGAUUUGGUAUCGCAGUAUUUUACUCAAGAUGAUAUUUUUUAUUCGUUUGAAUAUAGGAAAAUUCAUAGGAAACAUAUAUAUGGUCUGGGUAUG